AUGGCGCAAGUCAACACUGACAAUACGACUGUCGCCAUGCCGCGACUGGAGGAUCUCCUCCGGCACCCAGAGGAUCUAGACAAGAUCAGCAGUCUUAAGGCCGACUACUUACGGAAGAAGGCGGCAGUCGAUUCGCGGUUGCGAGAAGGCCUUCGGGACCAAUUGGAGGCUGUACAACGCAGUAUUGGCGCUCUGACAGAGGGUCAACGACAAGUCUCGAAAACCAAAGAUGAGCUCCAGGGCAUCGACAAGCUGUGCGCCGAAUCGCAGGAGAGCGUAGAGGACUUCGCGCAGAUCGACCAGCUAGCUCGGAUCCAACGGCACUUCGAUGCAACACUUAUGAUGAAACGCGGAUUGGAGAAUUUUGGUGGUGAUAUCCAAGAAGUGGAAGAGCUGCUCAGGGAGGACGACGAGGACAUGGAGAACCAGCCCAAUCUUCUCCGUGCUCAUAUGCAAAUCUCGAGAUUGCGGGACUUUCGUGAUGAGGCUAUGGAUCAGAUUGGCAAAGCUCAUGACCAAAGUAGUCAGGAGACCUUGACAGAGUAUUUUGAGGGGUUGGACUCUGUCAUUGAAUGGUUCGAUGACCAUCUUGGAACAGCAUGCAUGAAUCUCAUUCCGUUGGUGCAGUCUGAUAACAAGAGCAUGGUUGUGCGUCUGGCAGUUGUGGUCAUGAACGAGGAAAAGAAUGACGACACAGUGCGCGCUUUGCAGGAAGCCCAAAAAGACCACAAGGACCUCGCAAGUCGUUUCAAGUCUAUGAACAUUGGACCUAAGACUGUGCGCGGGUAUAAAGACAAGUUUAUUCAGGCUAUUGAGCUAUACGCAAAAGGUCAAUUCGAGGAAACAUUGGAGAAUUUCCUAAGUGACCCGGAGAACCUGGAAAAGAGCUUCCGAUGGUACUUCAACGAUCUAUUCACAGUAAAGCAAGGCAUGCAGAACCUUGUCCCGAAGAAAUGGAAGAUCUACAAGACAUACACAGACAUUUAUCAUCGCCUAAUGCACGACUCCCUGGUUGGCAUGAUCGACGAUCCCGAGCUCCCAGCGGACAAUCUCCUUGCCAUCAUCCACUGGAGCGACAAGUACUACAAGAAAAUGAAAAAGCUCGGCUGGACACCGGCGGAGCUCCAGCCCAACAUCCUGGACGACCGGGAGCCAGAACUGGUGCGACAAUGGCAGAGCGUCAUCAUCAACGCAGUCGAAGAAUGGAUGGACCGCAUUUUCAACGCAGACAAAAAGUCACUUAUGGACCGAGAUUCAGAUGCCCUAGACAACAAUGCCGAAGGCCACUUCCGUACCAAGACCCUGGCAGACAUGUGGCGCAUGCUUCAUGAACAAGUCAUGGCAUCAGGAGCAUCCGACCGCGCAGACGUAGUGGAAGGUGUGAUUGAUGCCAUGUUCCGAGCACUCAAGGCACGCCAGAGCGCAUGGCAGGCACUCAUCGACGAAGAAUGCGCCAGGCAUCAAGCCGCAAGCGCCGACCAAGCCGAAGGCGUGCAGCUACUACAAGACUGGAUGAUCGGCGUGGCCAAUGACCAAAUCUCCUGCAUUGAUGAUAACGAGGAGACAGGCCAAUUUGGCUACUUGACCCGUUUCAAAAAUGACUUCGAAACUCUCGUGACAGCCAAGUACAUGGCUACAAGGGCGAAUAUCGAGCUGGAAGUUCUGCGCGAUGGUUACGUUGAUUUGAGCACGCAUUGUCUGGCCAAGUUUGUCAAUAUUGUCUUCACUGUCGAUCUCGACUCUGUGUUACCGGACAUUUUCACAGCCAGGUGGUACGGCGAGUACGCCAUGAAGCGCAUUACUUCCACAUUCGAAGAUUACAUGUCAGAUUAUACACCCGUGCUGCACCCCUCACUAGCCGAAAUCCUGGUAGAGGAACUCUCAGACGAGCUGCUGGUGCGAUACUUGGGAGCUGUUCGCAACAAGGGCGUCAAGUUCCGCCGCCAGGUCGACCCCUUUACAGAGAAAUUCAAAGACGACGUCCUCACUGUCUUUGCAUUCUUUGAAAACUAUCCCGAUUCGUUCGAGGGUACCAUAAAACAGAAGUGGCGACUCGUCGACUGGCUUGUUCGCUUGUUGGCGACUGAGAAGGGCCCUGGUCUUGUUGAAGUAUAUGAGUCCUUCAAGUUGGAAUACUGGGAUCUGCAGCUUUCUUGGGUCGAAGCUGUACUGCGCACCCGUGAUGACUUCGAGCGUAGCAUGAUCACCUCGAUCAAGGCGAAGGCUGCGGAGUUGUCUGUUGAACGAGGAAUGGAAACUAUCAUGAGCCGACUAAGAUGA